UUUAUGCUGGUGUACCUGGUUUCAGGCGUGGAGGAAAGUAGGAGUUGAGCAGCUGCGACUCAGCACAGUAGACAUGACUGGAAUCCCCACCUUGGCUAACCUUCAGAAAGGAGUUGAGUUUGCUCUCAAGUACCAGUCACUGGGCCACAGUGUCUACGUGCAUUGUAAGGCUGGGCGCUCCAGAAGUGCCACGAUGGUGGCAGCGUAUCUGAUUCAGGUGUACAACUGGAGCCCAGAGGAGGCUAUAAGAGCCAUCACCAAGAUCCGCUCACAUAUCUACAUCAGACCUGGCCAGUUGAAAGUUCUCAAGGAAUUCCACAAGGAGAUUAAUUCAGGGGCAGCAAAGAAGUAUCACACAUCACAGACAUGAAGUAUGUGGAUUAGAAAGAACUCAAGACAACCCUGCUGGCAAUAGAAUGAAAAUGUUUAACAGGACCAAUGGGGCUUAAGCCAGACGUCAUAACAGAAGUGUGUUAAGUAUGGGUAAUUUUGCUCUUGGUCUUGGUUUCAUUUUCUUGAAAUAACACUGUUGUAUAGCUGGAAAGAUUUAGCAUGGCUUCUAUUUGCAGAGUA